UUGCCUCUGACUUCACUUCUCAGCUGUAGACACCUUUGCUAAAAUUGAAUUCGAUAAAUUCAUUCUUGAAUCCGCUACGGUGAUAUCGGUCAGAGAAAUCACUUCAGAAAUGAGUUCAGUCUUAAAAUUGUGUGGAGUGUUAGUUAUUUUUGCAUUUGCAGUCUUAGCAAAUCCGAUAACUACAACCGAACGAACGCUUUCAAAAACUGAAGAAAAAAUUGACGAAUUCAAUAUCGACGUACCCUUGAACGACCAAGCCGCAAAAGAUGAGGAAAAAAUGACCUCAGACCCAUCUGCAUUAGACGCAUCAACGGCUGACCCAUCGGCAUCAGAGCCGUCAGCAACACCGUCAGCAACAGAUCCAUCAAUGUCAGACUCAUCAUCAGCACCGGACACCUCGACUUCAGGCCCAUCAGCAACAGACACAUCACCAUCGGAUCAACCAACGUCAGACACAUCAACAUCAGAUGAGACUCCACCAGAUGUAUCUAGUGACAUAUCAACACAAAAUACUCCAAUGCUGGACGCAGAAAUGGAUCCAACAGUGAAAACAGUAACAACGAAAACCUCAGCAAACCAAAAUCGAGUCAAAAAACCAGAAAAAUCUACAGCACACCGACAUACCUUCAAUGAUGAUGAUGGUGAUGAUGAUACAACUACAGAAUUACCUGCGACGACCACUGCUGCGGAACCUGCGACUACCACUGCUCCAAACGGUUCAAGCUUAAUUUCACCGAACAGAAUGAGUAUUGCAGCGCUUAUUGUUACGUUUAUGAUUAAGAUGUUUGUCACUUACUAACUUUUGCCCGAAAUUCAAAAUUUUUCGUCAGUAUUUUGCGUUCUGAUCGGUCCACGGACUAUGUAAUUUUGGCACGGUAAUAAUAACAGAUUGAAACAUUA